AUGUCAAAGCACCGUUGUUCAGGAGCUCAUCUUCCUACAGAAACCUUCCGGAAACAACGUUCAUCACAUUUCGCAUCGCUGUCAAUAGAAGCAAAACCAUUAUUGUCAGGAUCGUUGACGUUACCAACCGUUACCGCUGACGUUCAGAAUCAUCCGACGACAUGCGGUCUACCUGGACCUGGCUUCAAGCCUAAUAAAUUGAAAGCAAAAGCAAGAAACAAGAGAGACAUUGAUAACUACUAUUCGGCGGACUAUAAUCCUACUGCUGGUGAUGAGACCGAGGAGGACGAGAACGAUCCGAUGCGAACAAAAAUAAUGGGAGGUGAGAGAGCUGUGAAAGAUGAACUGCCGUGGGCUGCUGCGGUUAAGAAGACUCUUAAGAAGAAAAGUAAGCUUGAACCAGCUGCUAAUUUCGAAUGUUUCCAAAUCGUUGAUAAUAUGAUUCCUGAGGGAGAUGUUCGGAAUAGGGCCUCGGUUGUGAUCGGUGGUACUUGUCAGAAAGUCGACAAAAAAUACAACUGUGCUGAAGAAGAUGUUGUUUCCGUGUUCCAAAUUAAGAGAGCAUCUUAUAGAAGUUUUUUCGAAUAUGGAAGUGAGUUUACACAUGACUUCGCGAUUCUUGAGCUAACUGCUGACGUUCCUAAACAUAUCCAUCAUAUUUGUCUUCCUCACAUGAACAAGAAGAUCGAUAUAAGUGAUUCAUCGUUGAGAAUGAGCUCAUUUGGAUGGGGCAGCGACCGUGUGAAAAUGACUGAAAAGGAAUGCAAAAAAUUCUACCCCAAAAAGUUGGAUGACACAUUCUGCACCUUUGAACAUCCCGACCGAAACGUUUGCCGUGGCGAUAGUGGUAGUGGAAUUACAGCAAAUAUAGGCGGCAGAACAUAUCUUGCUGGAGUAGUGUCUGGUGGAAAUCAAUGCGAUGAUUUGCUAAGCGGCAGUGAAAAACCAGAAGCUCAGGUCAGCACGGACGUUACUAAGUAUGCUGCUCUAAUCGAUACUGCUUGGCUUGGAACGAAAAAAUCCAAGUGA